UAGUGCUUCUAGGGCGGCGGUGACAGCGGUGAUGGGAUCGGUGGGUGUAGGGCUGGUGGACUGUCACUGCCAUCUCUCCGCCCCGGACUUUGACCGCGAUCUGGAUGAUGUGUUGGAGAAAGCUAAGAAGGCCAAUGUUAUGGCCCUUGUGGCAGUUGCUGAACAUUCAGGAGAAUUUGAAAAGAUUAUGCAACUUUCAGAAAGGUAUCAUGGGAUUGUCUUCCCAUGCUUGGGUGUUCACCCAGUUCAAGGGCUUUUACCAGAAGACCAAAGAAGUGUCACAUUAAAGGAUUUGGAUGUAGCUUUGCCCAUUAUCGAGAAUUAUAAAGAUCGGUUGUUGGCAAUUGGAGAGGUUGGACUAGAUUUCUCCCCCAGAUUUGCUGGCACUGAUGAACAGAAGGAAGAGCAAAGACAAGUCCUAAUCAGACAGGCCCAAUUAGCCAAAAGACUAAAUUUGCCUUUAAAUGUUCACUCACGCUCAGCUGGAAGACCUACGAUCAGCCUCUUACGUGAGCAAGGUGCUGACAAGGUACUGCUACAUGCAUUUGACGGUCGGCCAUCUGUAGCCAUGGAAGGAGUAAGAGCUGGGUACUUCUUCUCAGUUCCUCCUUCUGUCAUAAGAAGUGGACAGAAGCAGAAACUUGUGAAACAGUUGCCUUUAACUUCAAUAUGCUUAGAAACAGAUUCACCUGCACUAGGACCAGAAAAGCAGGUACGGAAUGAGCCCUGGAACAUUUCCAUUUCAGCAGAAUAUAUCGCCCAGGUGAAAGGGAUCUCAGUGGAGGAGGUUAUAGAAGUGACCACACAGAAUGCAUUGAAACUGUUUCCCAAGCUUCAACACCUGCUGCAGAAAUAGCUUCAAAGCCAUCCAUCGCAAAACCAAAUCAACUGCAAGAGGCAGCAUUUGAGAAAAAGAAGUUCUGACUAAGAAUCUGAACUGAAGAAGCCAUUUUAUAGAAGUGUAGAUUAUAAUUUUAGGGAAAUACUUCUUCUAGAAAUAAAAUUGGGCUUGGAUCCUGAAA